GAGAGCUCCCUCCCCUUACACAGACUGAUCUGGCUGGGAGAGAUGGAGCUGUGUGGCUGCUGGGUGCUGCUCCUCUGUGUCUGGGCUGCGUCUGCAACUGCGGAUUUUCCCACUGUGUACUGGAACAGCUCAAACAAGGGGUUCCUCUGGGAUGACUACAGCGUGGAAGUACGGCUCAAUGGCUAUCUGGACAUUGUGUGCCCGCAUUACGAAGAUGACAGCGUUUCGGGGCACACCGUGGAACGGUAUACCCUGUUCUUGGUAGACUUGGAGGAGUACGAAACCUGCAAACCGCUCUCCAAAAACCAGGUGCGCUGGGAGUGUAACAAUCCCUUCGCCCCCCACGGGCCGGAGAAGCUACGAGAGAAGUUCCAGAAGUACAGUCCCUUCAGCCUGGGGAAGGAGUUCAAGGAGGGACACAGCUACUACUAUAUCUCCAAACCGAUCCACCACCACGGAGAGUCCUGCCUGAAGCUAAGGGUCAACGUAGCCGGCAAAGCCACUCAGCAGCCGGCUACCAAUGUACAUACGGCAGGAGGCAGACCCCUCGCAGAUGAGCCGGCGGUGGCGCUUCCAGGGGUCCUGAGGAGCGUAGCCCAAAACUCUGCCAGCAGGACCGCCUCCCUCGCCUUCAUGGGACUCUUGGUGCCUGUACUCCUGAGCCUGGGACUCUGAUGCAAGGGACCUCGCCCGAUAUGUACAGAAGAGGGUGGCCCAGGGUCCCUCGGCGUGACGGGUCUCACAGACGGAUGACCAAAGAACACACCUUGUCUAGAAGACGCACACAGUGUUUAUGUAGCCAAAGAGACGUGACAAACGUGCACUUUCCACGGAGGCCGCGCCCACGGGUGGACGCGGGACUGUCUGGCACGGGGGGAGGGUGAAUAUCUCAGCAGAACCUCGCAGGCAGAGAUCUGCCUCCCGCCCCACCCCCCGGAUAUCUCUAUGAGAUGGUGUCAGAAGUGGGAUUGCGGCAGCAAAUCUUGUGACAGUAUUUCCUCCUCACCAGGAGGUUCUAUAGUGUAGCUUUAUGUAUAUAUGUAAAUCAAAAUUUAUAGAGUAUAUUUAUAGAGACCUUUCUGAGUUCACUGUAUCAGAGACUAGCUGUUCCCCAUCAGCUACCCCCCCAAUACUGGAACGGAUAUUUGGCCAGAAGAUCCCAGGAACGGUCAGAUAUCGGACUCUCAUCGGGAGGAGUGAAUGGGAAUGUGUAUAUUUGUACAGGAAGGAAAUAUCCGCUUUUAUACAACUGGAGUUUUUUUUAUGUUCUCUAAUAAAACAGAAUUGGAAUA